AUGCCCUCCUUCAGCGCUGUCACUCUUUUGGCGCUCUCCCUUGUUUCCGUCGCGUCUGGCGCGUCUCCCCUGCAAAAGCGCGGCGUGACGACUUCACCCGACGCCGUGAAUGGUCAGUCCUACGACUAUAUUGUCGUCGGUGGUGGCUUAGCAGGGAUUACCGUUGCUGCUCGAUUGGCUGAGAACCCAUCGGUCACCGUUCUGGUCAUCGAAGCAGGGGGUGAUGACAGGAAUGAUCCCCGGGUGUACGAUAUUUAUCGUUACGGGGAAGCCUUUGGCUCGGAGCUGAUGUGGGAUUGGCCAACCGAGCGAAAUCGAGGCAUCGUCGGUGGUAAAACGCUCGGAGGAGGGACUUCGAUCAAUGGUGCUGCCUUCACUCGAGGAGUAGACGCCCAAUAUGACGCGUGGUCGGCCCUUCUCGAACCUUGGGAAGCCAACGUUGGUUGGAAUUGGCAAGGCAUGUUUGAGUACAUGAAGAAGUCCGAAGCCUUUUCGCCUCCCAACAGCGAGCAAAUGUCGAAGGGCGCUCAGUUUGUUGACUGGUACCAUGGCUACGGGGGCCCCGUUCAAGUGACCAACCCUAAUAGCAUGUAUGGCGGCCCUCAUCAAUGGUUCUUUAUUGACUCCAUGGUCGGCUUGACUGGCAUGAAUCACAUCCCAGAUGUGAAUGGAGGCAACCCCAAUGGCGUCUCGAUUACUCCUCUGAUGAUUAAUUGGCGCGAUGCUGACCACCGAUCUUCGUCCGUUAUGGCCUAUCUGACGCCAGUUGAGCAUCAGCGUACAAACUGGGUUACUUUGACGAGGCACUUUGUCACUAAAAUCAAUUGGUCAAAUAACUCUGUGCCUUUCAGAGCCUCUGGUGUCGAAUUUGGUCCUGCCAAUGGUGGCUCGACGAGGUAUACUGCUUUUGCCAGACGCGAAGUCAUCUUGGCUGCCGGCGCCAUCCAGACCCCUGCCCUCCUUCAACUUUCAGGAAUCGGCGACUCUGCCAUCCUCGGGCCUCUCGGAAUCCAAACCCACGUCGACCUCAAGACAGUUGGCAAGAACCUUCAGGAACAGACCAUGAGUCAAUUUGGUGCAGGUGGCAAUGGCUUCAAUCCUGAAGGUCGUGGCCCUUCGAACGUCAUCGCGUUCCCGAAUCUGUACCAGCUGUUCGGUACCCAAGCAAGCUCAAUCGUCAACCGUAUUAGGUCGUCGAUUAGCUCUUGGGCUGCGUCACAGGCUGGCUCAGGGUUCUCAGCUGCUGCUCUCCAACAGAUUUUCCAGGUGCAGGCAGAUUUGAUCAUCAACAAUAACGCACCGGUUGCAGAGCUGUUCUUCAGCUAUGGAUGGCCCGAUACUCUGGGUAUUCAGAUGUGGAAUCUCUUGCCAUUCAGUCGAGGCAGCGUUCAGAUCACCAGCAACAACCCCUACACCAAGCCACGCGUUCAAGUCAAUUUCUUCGAUAUCGACUUGGACAUGGAUAUCCAAGUUGCGGCGUCACGUCUUUGCCGACGUGCUCUGACCACCCCGCCCUUGAGUUGGAUCGCCACUGGAGAAACCAUCCCAGGCAACGCCGUCCCAGAUAACGCAGAACGAGGAACAGACAACGACUGGAAGAACUGGAUCAACAACAACUUCAACACUGUCUCCCAUCCCGUCGGAACGGCGGCUAUGAUGAGACGCAGCCUUGGAGGUGUCGUGGAUGCCCAACUCAGGGUGUAUGACACCGCCAACGUCCGCGUUGUGGAUGCUUCUGUGCUCGCCCUCCAGGUUAGCGCCCACCUGUCAUCCACUCUCUACGGUAUUGCGGAGAAGGCGGCGGACCUCAUCAAGGCUACGUACCCUUGA